UGACCCCUUUUUUGGCUUCUGUGACAGGUUACAGAGAGGAGAGCCCCAUGUCUAUAUCAUGAUUUAUGAAUUGAGAGAUUAGAGUGCACAACAACACAUCAAACAAAAGGAUAUAGGAUCCAGCAAAGACAUUAGAUUCCCUCUUAUUCUAUACAGCUUGUUAUGAGAGAGAGACAGGGAGAGCAGUUUUGAGGAGUUGCAGCGAAGGAGGGCCUCUCUUUUCUUCUGUAUCUCACGUACUUGCAGCAAGAGGUUAAGAACAAAGCUCGAGUGUUCCACAUCUACAACUGUUCAUAUGUGAACAUGAAUGGGGUAUUCUCUUGGUACAUGUUAAAGUUAAACAGUGUAUUGGUCAAUAUAUACUCUGAGAGGCAGAAGAAAAUAGGUGUAUAGUCUGACUGACAGAGGCCCACAGUGAGAGGAGAUAUGUAUGCACACCACAUGCAAAUUUCUUCUGGGUGAGCCUUACUGUUGCAUUCAUCUUCUGGCAAUAGUUUUUGGUCAGAACUGCUCACUUUUAUAUCACUGUCAGCUUAAAUGGGAGCAAAGAAUCAAAUCCAAUGGAGAAAGGAAGAGCUCCCCUUCUUGGCUGCUACAUAUUUAGCCAAAUAUGGUUCCUGUAAGGACAUGUGAUGCAAAUAAUGAAGGGCCUUUAUCACCUCCCAGUCUGUGACUUUACUCAAAGUACAGCUACAGAGAGGUACUAAAGCAGUAAAUUCUCGCGGAGAAGAAUAUUGCCUUCUAAGCAUAGCUUUCUAAGAAAAAGUUGCAUUCAUGGCCAUGGAUGAAGAAGGAUCGCUUGCUGGUAAACUUCCUCAAGAACCCCCUAGUGGCCUCACCAUCAAGAUUUCUACUUCUGGCAGCAAAAUUGGUAAGAACAUCUCAACUCCCCUUGGUUGUUCAAAUUCAGAUUCAACUUCUCCAAACUUGAAAAACUCAAUUGAAUCAUCCCCAUGUAACUCUCCACUAGUGUCACCACCUUCAUCAGCCUUUGUUUCAGCCUUACAGUCACCAUACAUAUCACCAAGGGCUAUAACCCCAAAACCCCAAGAGAACCCAGCCCCACCUGAGAACCCAACACCAGUCUCCCACUCCUCACCACCAUUCUCAUCAUACCGUGGUUCACAAUCAGAUGACAUACCAAGCAGCUCUUACACUCCGCCAUCAGACCAAUAUGAAUUUUCUGAUGACCCCACAGAGGCCAAGCUCAAGUAUGUUACCUGUGUUCCGGUCCCAGAUCCUGCUCCUCCUAGAAUCUCAUUCUCUUUUCCAGUCCCUCGCAUUUCCUUCAAAGGGCCUGUUUCUCCAGCUUCCAAUGCCAAACUCAGGAGCUGUGAUGUUUACAUUGGCUACCAUGGUCAGAAUCCUAAUCUUAUGCGCUUCUGUAAGUGGCUUAAAUCAGAGCUAGAGCUUCAGGGAAUUGUUUGCUUUGUUGCGGAUAGAGCCAAGUACUCGAAUACUCAGAGCCAUGAGAUUGCUGACAGAGUUAUCUGUUCUGUGACUUAUGGAGUUGUGGUUGUGACUAACUCUAGCAUCCUCAAUCAUCCCAGCUUGGAGGAGAUUAGAUUCUUUGCUCAAAAGAAGAACUUGGUUCCAAUUUUCUUCAACACCGGCCUUGCUGAGAUCACAGGUCUUCUCAACCGCAACUCAAUUGACAAAGAGUGUAGAGAAGUGAUUGACGGACUAGUGAAGUCUAAUGAGUUGAAGCUGGAGGUCAAUGAGGGUAAUGGGAGGAGCUGUGUAGCUAAAGCUGCUGGGAUGUUAAGAGCAAAGCUCGGGCGAAAGAGUGUGGCCGAGAAAGCUGCAGAAGGAUUUGAGGAGAUUCCAUUUCCAAGGAACAAAUGUUUUGUAGGACGAGAGAAGGAGAUUAUGGAGAUUGAAACUGCAUUAUUUGGAUGUACUGAUAGUUCUGAACAGGAUUAUGCUGUGCCGAUCAUUAAAGGAGAAACCAGUGGGCAAUCUGAGGGCCUUGCAGAUGAAGAAAGUGAUACUUUUAGCUGCAGCCGAGGAGGGAGAUUUAUUAAUUUGGAAUUGGGAGGGAAAUGCAAAGAACCGACAUUGGAGGCUUGGGUGGAACCAGUUACGGGAAGGAAUUCAUUGAAGAGAUCAAAGUACAAGAAAUCGAAAAGUGGGAAUUACAAGACCCUGGAUAGCAGUGUGUUUUGCAUAAAUGGCGUUGCAGGCAUUGGAAAGACAGAACUUGCACUUGAAUUUGCUUAUAGAUAUUCUCAGAGAUACAAAAUGGUCUUGUGGGUUGGCGGGGAAGCUAGAUAUUUCAGGCAGAACUUACUGAAUCUAUCACAGAAUUUGGGGUUGGAUGUGAGUGCUGAUGCCGAGAAGGAAAGAGGAAGGAUUCGAAGCUUUAAAGAGCAAGAAAAUGAAGCAUUUGAGAGAGUCAAAAGGGAAUUGUUUCGAGACAUGCCAUAUCUGCUCAUUAUUGACAACCUUGAGACAGAAAGAGAAUGGUGGGAAGGGAAGGAUCUGCAUGAUUUGAUUCCAAGGAACACUGGAGGGACACAUGUGAUCAUCACAACAAGACUAUCCAAGACGAUGAACUUUGACAUAAUGCAGCUGCCACCGUUGGAAUUGACUGAUGCAAUGGUCUUAAUGAGAGGAAAAAGGAGAAGAGAUUAUCCAACUGAGGAACUUCAAUUUCUCCAUAAAUUUGAUGAGAAAUUGGGAAGGUCGAGCUUUGGCUUGUGGUUGGUUGGGUCACUUCUUUCUGAGCUUGCAAUUUCUCCAUGUGCACUUUUUGAAGCUGUGAACCAAGUUCCGCUUGAAGAUGGUUCUAUUUACUUCUACAUGAGCAUGAGUGAUGAGCAGUACUGUAAGAGCAAUCCUUUCCUAAUGAAACUUCUCCAUUUCAGUUUCAUUAUCUUGCAGCAAACCGAUGGAAGAAAAAACCUUCUUGCCUUAAGAAUGCUUCUUGUUGGUGCUUGGUUUGCCCCAGCUCCCAUUUCAGCAACUUUGCUGGCCACUGCUGCUAAGAAUAUGCCCGCAAUUGGAAAUGGAUUCAGAAAAUGGACCAAAUGCGUGAGCCUCGCAUUUUCUUGCUGCUCUGGGUGUGGAUUAGCACCCCAAAGCGAAGAAGAUGCAGCCACUCUUCUUGUUAAACUAGGCUUAGCACGAAGAGCCAACAGACAGCCAGGUUGUUGGAUUCAAUUCCACCCAAUAACUCAAGUUUUUGCAAGAAGAAAAGAAGGCUUAUCCGCAGCCAAGGCUACAGUCCAGGGAGUGAGGAAAGUUGGCAAUCCAUCCAUCAACACAAACCAUCUAUGGGCAUCUGCAUUCCUUGUCUUCGGAUUCAAAUCCGAGCCUCCGCUUGUUCAACUGAAGGCUAUUGAUAUGGUUUUGUACAUAAAGAAGACAGCUGUGCCGCUAGCAAUUAGAGCCUUCACAACGUUCUCAAUAUGUAAUUCAGCAUUGGAGCUUUUAAAGGUGUGCACUAAUGUGCUUGAAGAAGUAGAGAAGUCAUUUGUAUCGCAAAUACAGGACUGGUGUCAUGGUUCACUUUGUUGGAAAAGGAACAUUCAUGGUCAUCAAAGGGUAGAUGAAUAUUUGUGGCAAGAUGUGACAUUGUUGAAGGCUAGCUUGCUUGAGACUAGAGCAAAGUUGCUGCUUAGAGGUGGUCAUUUUGAUGGUGGUGAAGAGCUGUGCAGGACUUGUAUAAGCAUCCGGACAGUGAUGCUUGGUCACGAUCAUGCUCAAACAUUGGCUGCCCAGGAAACACUAGCAAAGUUGGUUAGAAUGAGAAGCAAAGUAUGAUCCUAGUAAUCUCUAUCAAUGAAAGAAUGGAUUAUCAGAUGCCAUGGAGAGCUCAGUUUUGUUCACAUCUAAUCAUGUUUUUAGCUAGAAACAUAACCAUUAAGUUGCUCAUAAUGUAGUUUUCUCCACUGCACAUUAUAACAUUUACUUCAAGUUGAUGAAACCUCAAUUUGUUUGUCACUUUCUGUAUAUUUUGCAUGACAAGAUGAACAAUUAGGAAUUUUUUUUUGAUUCCUUGGAA